CGUCGCAUGAGAAUAACUUUGUACUAACUGCCAUUUUUAUAAAAAAUGAGAUGAACAUGGAAUUUUACCAUUCAGAACAUGGGCUUUCAUCUCAGGUACAUGCCCCAUGACAACUCUCUUUAAAUUAGCUAGAAUUCAGUCCUAAAUUGUACUAUCUCCAGGAAAAUCUCUAAAAUGUAGUUUAGAAUUGUCAUAUCUGAGUAGACUGUUUCAACCAAUCAAGUCUCUUAGAACUAGUCAUGUUACACAAGGACAAAAUGGUGGAUUCAUGUGGUUUUGGUAAGUUUUGUUCAGUUUAGUUUGAUUAUAUAUUCAUUUAUUAGACAGGUUUUGUCAAGAAUUAAACUAUUACAUAUUCAUCUACUUGUCUUCCCAAAUGAGUAUAAACAUUGCUGAACUUUCCAUAUUUCUUAAGUUUUCUUCAUAAAAUAGAUAAAUUUGGAGAUGAUACAAUUUCAUACUAAAACACAAUAUUCCAAUGUGCAUGUUAUUUGUAUCUAAAAAAAUGAAAAGAAACAUUUUUGUUUGCACUAAAAUAUUUCUGCACAUUUCAGAUGAUGUCCCUGAUGAGAUAAUUCAUCAAAUUUCCAGCUAUCUAGAUCUACCAACUCUAACUACAACCAUCUCACUUGUGAACAAAAGAUGGAACUAUAUUGUGGAAAAUAACAAUAAGCUGUGGGAAACAUUUUCAUUCUCAUAUCCUAUUAAUCUUGAUGAAAGAGCCCUCCAGAAGAUCUACAAACAUUGCAAUUUCUUCACAACAUUUCUAGGCGGAAAUGCAGAGAUAACAAUAAAUGCACCGCUUCAAGACUUGUACUUCAACAAUAUAUUUAGUUGCGCAAAAAACAUUGUAUAUUUAGAACUUGACAAUACUGAAGUAUCCUCAUUGUUUGCAUUGAAGUAUCUUAAGUCGCUGGAAAUACUAUCACUUAACCAUUGCAUCAACAUUCAGAACUGUGAUAUUGAGGUACUAGAACAAUUACAGAAUAUAGAGCAACUUUAUAUAAUGCACACAAGUAUCUCGGCACGUGCAAUCUGUGACGUGUUUAAGGAAGGAAGAAGUAAACUAUUUGUGUUAGAUCUCCAAGGCACAGAGUUCAUUUACUCGGAGAUAUUAACAGUAUUGAGGAUACUACCAAAUCUCAACUUCUUUGGAUUAUCACUGUUUGAAACAAUAAGCUUGGCAAAUUUUGACUCGACUUUCAGACCAAAGUAA